AUGUUCUUGCUCUGCCUUCUGGUCACAGCUGCUGCUCCGACCCUGGGAGCUCCUGGAGGCAUGGCUUCCCGGCCGCAGAUGGGAUGGAACUCCUGGAAUACAUUCAAGGCAAACAUCAACCAGUCCAUCAUCGAAACCACAGCCAAAGCUCUGGUUGACACGGGGCUUGCAGCAGCAGGCUACAAGUACCUGAUCAUGGACGAGGGCUGGCAAGCCGACGAACGUGCUACGGACGGGCGCCAAGAGUUCAACUCCACGCGUUUCCCCUCGGGAGGCUCAGCUCUCGUCAGCCACAUUCACGACAUGGGCCUCAAGGUCGGGAUAUACAGUGAUUCCGGAAUCUUCACUUGCGGCUUCGCUCCCGGAAGCUGGGGUUACGAGGACCUCGACGCCCAGACCUACGCGGACUGGGGCAUCGACUACCUCAAGUACGACAACUGCGGCGGCUUCCACGCGGGCACGCACACGCAGCAGGAGCGCUUCCAGGCCAUGUCCAACGCCCUCCGCAACACCGGCCGCGACAUCUUCUACUCGCUGUGCCAAUGGGGCCACCAGUUCCCGUGGUACUGGGCCGACCAGGUCGGCGCAGGGUCGUACCGCAUGUCCGGGGACAUCCACGCCUCCUUCGCGCAGGACAAGGCCGGCGUCUGCCCGACCGCGUACUGCCUGAAUACGGGAUAUGCGGGGGUGAGCGUGCUGACGAUGAUCAGGAAGAUGAGAGAGAUCUCGCCGUUUCAGGAGAAGGGGCGGAUGUCGUGGGCGGAUAUGGAUAUGCUUGAGGUUGGUGUUGGGAAUGUCAUGAGCGAGGUCGAGGAGCAGACGCACUUCUCGUUCUGGGCAGCGUUGAAGUCGCCGCUUAUUAUUGGUGCUGAUGUGACCAAGAUUCGAGAGCAGUCGUUGAAGGUUCUUCUGAACCGGGACAUUAUUGCCAUAUCUCAGGACCAGAGGGGCGAGGCGGUGAAGUAUUUGCUGGAGUUGUCGACAGAGGGCAAGGUGCAAGUCUGGGCAGGGCCUGUCGACACUGGAGAGUAUAGACACGUGGUGCUGGCGUUGAAUUAUGGGAACGAUCUGGCAAAUAUCAAUGUGCCGCUUGAUGGCAUCGGGCUGGGAAAAGGGUGUACUGAUGGGGUGAAGGUGAGGGAGGUUUGGGCGGCGGAGGAUGUGGAAGUUUUGGAGGGCAAGGUUUUGUUAAAGAACGUGGAGGUUGGGCAGACCAAGGUGCUCUUGAUAUCUUGUUGA